CACUUGGCUUCACUCUCUCUUUCAGCUACGUGCACUGUGGACUUGUGUGCUGAGCUUUGUAGGGUAGUGUGUAUAGGUGCAUGUAAGGGAGCUAGUGGAAGUGCUUAGAGCUUUAGCAAGCUUAAGUUCACUUUUGUCUCAGUGUGCUUUCAGCUGAGGUGCUACUUUUACAUGGAUCAGAAAGAAAAAAAAGGGAGAAAAGAAAACAAGACAAAGAGGACCGAGUAGAUAAACAGCUUGAGGGCUUAGAAAAAACAAUACACACACACACACUAACUCGAGUGUUUUGAGAUCUGGUCCUGGUGGUCAGUUUUGUCCUGCUUGGACUGACCAACUCAAUAAGAGGGAUGUGAUCAUUGUGGGCUUCUUCAGCCUGACUCUACACACAUACAUACACCUGCUCCAUCCUCAGGUGCUGCUCUGAAGAUCUGGACCUCUGUUAGUAGCUGUGUAUCUUUGGUUUCAUCAUGGACUACGUUUGGGGGAUGGCGGUGCUGCUGUGUGGGCUCUGGACGCCGCAGAGAGGAGCCGAUGCUCAACGUGCCAAAAGCAACGUGCCCCGACUCAAACUCUCCUACAAAGAAAUGUUGGAGUCAAACAACUUGUUUACUUUCAACGGACUGGCCAACAGCUCGGCCUACCACUUAUUUUUACUGGAUGAGGAGAAAGGUCGGCUUUUUGUAGGAGCGAAGGAUCAUCUCCUGUCUUUUAACCUGAUAGACAUCAACAUGGACCAGCAAUUGAUUUCUUGGCCUCCAUCUUCGUCACAUCGGGAUGAGUGCAGGUGGGCUGGAAAAGAUGUCCAGAAAGAGUGCUCAAAUUUUAUUAAGGUGUUGCAGCCAUUUAAUCACACUCAUGUCUACACUUGUGGAACAGGGGCCUUCCACCCUGCCUGUGCUUAUGUGGAGGUGGGCAAACGGUCAGAGGACAACAUUUUCAGACUGGAGUCAUCACACUUUGAGAACGGCCGAGGCAAAAGCCCCUAUGACCCUAAACUCAUGACUGCUUCACUACUUAUUGAUGGUGAGCUGUAUUCUGGGACAGCAGCCGAUUUCAUGGGGCGAGACUUUGCUGUUUUCCGAACGUUAGGAAAGCAUCAUCCAAUCAGGACAGAGCAGCAUGAUUCCCGGUGGCUCAAUGAACCUAGGUUCAUAAGUGUCCACCUCAUACCCGAGAGCGAUAACCCUGAAGACGACAAGAUCUACAUGUUCUUUCGAGAGAGCGCCAUUGAUGGAGAACAAACCGGCAAAGCCACGCAUGCCAGAAUCGGACAGCUGUGUAAAAAUGACUUUGGAGGUCACAGGAGUUUGGUGAAUAAGUGGACCACUUUCCUUAAAGCUCGGCUCAUCUGCUCAGUCCCAGGCCUUAACGGAAUUGACACACACUUUGAUGAGCUGCAGGACAUUUUUCUGAUGAGCUCAAAGGACACCAAGAACCCUAUCAUCUACGCAGUGUUCACAACAUCCAGUAAUAUCUUUAAAGGCUCAGCAGUGUGUAUGUACAGCAUGGCUGAUGUAAGGAGGGUGUUUUUGGGUCCCUAUGCUCACAGAGAUGGACCCAAUUACCAGUGGGUGCCAUUUCUAGGCAGAGUUCCCUAUCCACGUCCUGGCACGUGUCCAAGUAAAACCUUUGGAGGGUUUGAGUCCACAAAGGAUCUACCUGAUGAUGUUAUCACUUUUGCCCGGAGUCAUCCAGCUAUGUACAACCCAGUGCUUCCCCUCAACAACCGCCCAAUCAUUAUCAAGACUGAUGUGGAUUACCAGUUCACACAGAUCGUUGUUGACCGAGUGGAGGCAGAAGACGGACAGUACGACGUCAUGUUCAUUGGCACAGAUCUCGGCACGGUUCUUAAGGUGGUCUCAAUUCCCAGAGGCACUUGGCAUGACCUUGAGGAAGUUUUACUGGAAGAGAUGACUGUGUUUAGGGAACCAACAGCUAUAACAGCUAUGGAGCUUUCCACCAAACAGCAACAGCUCUAUCUCGGCUCGAAUAUCGGUGUUUCCCAGAUGCCUCUGCACCGCUGUGACGUUUAUGGCAAGGCUUGCGCUGAAUGCUGUCUAGCACGAGACCCCUACUGUGCCUGGGAUGGCUCACAGUGUUCCCGAUACUUCCCCACUGCUAAGAGGAGGACUCGGCGCCAGGACAUCAGGAAUGGAGACCCUCUCACUCAGUGUUCGGACCUGCAGCAUAACGACGAGGAGAAUGGUGAGAGCACCCUGCUGGAUAAAACAGUGUAUGGGGUGGAGAACAGCAGCUCCUUCCUGGAGUGCAGCCCUAAGUCUCAGCGUGCUCUGAUCUACUGGCAGUUCCAGAGACAUGGAGAGAACCGCAAACAAGAGAUAAAAUCUGAUGAACGAGUGCUGGGAACUGAACAGGGUCUACUAAUCCGAAGUCUUCUUCCGAAGGACUCGGGUGUGUAUUACUGCCACGCAGUGGAACAUGGUUUCAUCCAGACACUCCUGCGGCUGACGCUACAUGUCAUCCCCUCUGAUCACCUGGACGAUCUCAUACAACGGCCACCCUCAGAUACCGGCCGCUCCACACACGGCAAACUUUGGUACCAGGACUUUUUGUCUCUGAUCGAUCCACCCGGCCCCAACAGUGUGGACCAGCUUUGUGAGCAAGUGUGGAAGAAAGAGAGGAAGCAGCGGAGGCAAAAAAACCAUCACCUACAUGCUACACAAUCACAUGCUGCUCAGCUUCUUCACACCAGUCAGUCAAACUCCAGCAAGUGGAAGCUCAUGCAGGAGAGCAAGAAAGGACGCAAUCGUAGGACCCACGAGACACCGCGGGCUCCUCGCAGCGUGUGACCUCAUGCUUUUAUGACUGCGCCCCCAAAUGCCAGAUAAAGAGAAAUGACUCUGACCGUUCUACUGACUGUGAGUCUGAGAGGCACACACAGGAAAUGUGAAUAAAAUAUUCCACCCCUCCUGUACACAGAGUGUAUGUUGGUGGCGAAGCACACUUUCACUCAGAGCUUUUCAUUCAGACUAAACAUCCAGGAGUCCCCAGUGGAAAGUUUCACUCAUACCACGAAUGGAUAUAAUAACACACAGGGACAAUAUUCUGUAAAUAUUACACAGAAUUCAUUGGACUAUGAGACGUACUUCUGUCUAUCAGAAAAAUAGGCACAGCUGAAGGCCACUGACUAAACAUCUGUGCGUAUAUACUGCACAAAACUCAUAAAUGUGUAUCUGCAGAACAAAGCUGAGUCAAACCCUUUCCCAGUGAAGAUUCAGCUUGUCUCAGUGUCCCCUCUUUGUCCCACCAGCUAUUUUCCUUCUCCUUAUUUUUAACUGCUCCAAAAGCAUUUGGCCACGACACUAAUACACAAUGUAUGUGUUCUUUUUGUCAAUAAGCUUUCCGGCAUAAAUGCAUCCGUCAGCUAUUUUGUAGAGUAAUAUUUAAUUUUAUACUUUGUCAGAAUUAUAUAUAAAAAUAUUACAUGAUAUAGAGUUAUUUUAUUAACGGGUCUCUUCAUCUUCUCAUCCAAGCCUCUGUUUUCUGGGAUACUAAACAUUUGAACUCUCAUUUUCUUUAUCAGAGCUGCUUUUUGAUUUUCAGUAUAACCUUAAAGAUAGAAAUCUUUAUUCAUCAGAAGGAGACACGCAACAUCAGCACGAUUGUUUAUACGCCGGCCCUCUUGAAUGCUUGAAUCUGAUUGGGUAGAAAGUCUGAAUUAAUUUUCUGUAACAGUAGUGAGACAAAUCGCAGGUUUGCGUUAAUUCAAAUGAAUUUGUUUUUUUCCCUGCAGUAACAAGUUCACAGGAACUUGUGUGGUAAACAUUCCACAUAAUUUACAGCUAAUAAAUUACAAAGAAAUUAAAAAAAUGAAUGAAAAGCAUCAAAUUAUUGCUGUUCUGACGUUUUCCAUAAGGAGAAGUUCAUGUGAAAUUUUUGGAAGGAGUCUCCAGUGUCAGUGUUUGUAAAUUUCAGAUAGUUUUCCGACAUAAAAAAGACUUAAGAGGAGAAAACUUUGCGAUUUUACCCAAUAAUAUGACAACCUACAUUUGCUUUGCUUUGUCUGUUUAUUGGGGCGUUUGUUUUUCCAAAUAUUUUACUUCAAGCCAGGUUACAAAUGAGGGAAUGAUUUUUUACAGCUGUUAAACGUAUGUUCCACAAAACCGAAUAAAACAAUACAUUUUAAUUUAUUAAUAAAAAUUUUGAAUCGGUGACAAAUUGCCUUGUCAGACGAGCCAGAAAACACGUCUUGUGCUGUUAGAGCAAAUUCUUUAUACAUUAAUUCCUUUUCACAUUGCCAGAUCAUCCUGUAAAUGAUUCGUUUGCUUUAACUGCAGACAGUGGGGUGUUUUCUUCCUUAAUUAAAUAAAUUUAUAAUUGAUCGUGUGUCAGCUGACACAUUUUUAGCUGGUGAUUUAAUUUUCUUGAUUAAAAAAUAAUCUCAAGAUCGAUCUUUUUUUUUUUUUUCCUAAAUGUAAACCAUUAGCAAAUCAGACCUCUCUGACACUCCAUUCAUACUGUAUGUAUUUUAUGCGUUUUCCUCUUGCUAUAAAUUUCAACUGACAGCCCAUUUGUAUUCUGCCUGCAUUGUAUUAUCGUGAAGAACUAAAUGCAGAAAGUGUAGUGUAGUUUUUCACUGGGAAAAUGAAAUAAAUCUUUUUUAAAUAUGUUCCUGAUUUUUUUUCCCUGUAGUACAGAAAUAAAGAAAUAACCUAGAAAAGACAGACGAUAUCGGUUUAAUUCUAAAGAAAUGUAUGUAAAAACACCAGAAUGUAGCUGUGAAUAUACUGUAAAAUAUUUGAGAAGAACGAUAAACGUGUACAACCUGCAUGCGAAUGCUCUUCUCAUCCCAUUUGCUCCGCUAGCAUUUGCAGUAUCUAGUUAGUAAUGUUGUGAGUUCCAUGUAUGGCUGUAGACUCCUGACAGUCCACAUUUACUCUCAGGUGGAUGUACUACUUCUCUUAGAUAUGUGACAAAGACAGUGUUAGCUAAGGGCUGUACUGCUGCCUAUGGUACUCUCUCCCACUGUAGCUCACAUGGAUGAUGUAUACAUUACACGGACCUGGAUUCUCACAGGUCAGGCAGGACUGUGCAUUUUUCUCUUUUUUACAAUGUACAAAGAGAAAUGUAACUCAAAACAGUGUAUGGUUAAUGGAUCUUGGACAGAAAAGGACACUUCAAAAACAGUUGGGCAAAAAUGGAUGAAAAAAAAAAAUGCUGCUGUAAAUUAUUUGUUUUGGCAUGUAUUCCAAUGGUCUAAUAAAUGUGUCUUGUAAGAA